GAGGGGUGACAGCUGAAUAGAAAAACAAGUGUGUAUGUGUGUGUUUUUGUGUGAGAGAGAGGCUAGAGAGGAAAUGGUAGAGUCAUGCAAUCAGAUCCAGAGUCUGGCAGCCGCUUCAUUCAACCCCGAGAUGAACCAGCUCUUCUCUUCCAACUCCUGCAUCCUGCUGCACCUCCAUAAUAUCACAGAGAAGUUGUCAAAGAUGUGCAUGGCUGCCUUCAACCUACUGGAGUUUUAGAAUUUAAUGCAUCAUCAUACGCCUUACCUCACCUCUCAAUGGACCAAUAAGAGACUGACUGAUGCAUAUGCUCUGAGAGGAGUCACUGCUGGCUUGUAGUAACAGUAGUUGUGUCUUUGCCUCACUGGUUGUGAAAGGCGUCGCCCAAUGGGACAUGCUGGAUGUUGUGCGUUGGUGGAUUUCGGACCUCUAGGUGACAAUUAAACAGUUACGGGGAGGAGCAGGAAAACCAAAAGAGAAGUGUGGGGGCAAACAAGGAGGAGAGAUAGGGGGAAGACAGGAAGAGGUGAAGAAAGAAUAAGGGGAUGGGAAACAUCAACAAGGCGUCUAAAAAGAACAGUAAAAGAAAGAAGGGGGUGUCAUCCAUAGAACGAAGCAGCACGCCGAUGGCUGCUACCAUGCUAGGAGAGCUGAGUGGUGCAGGUGAGGCGGACACAGACGACGAGGAGGAUGGAGGGAUGGAGCAGGAGUUUGAUGGGCCCCUGUGCACUCUGGUUAAGAACUGCAACAUGCUGCACAACAUAGUGGGGCCUGCUUGUAUCUUCCUCAGACAGGGAUUCGCGCAGAGCCAGCUUGACAGGGAUCUACGGCCAGAAGAAAUGGAAGAGCUGCGCGAGGCAUUCAGGGAGUUUGACAAAGACAAAGAUGGCUUCAUCAGCUGUAAGGACCUUGGCGAGUGCAUGAGGACCAUGGGAUACAUGCCAACAGAGAUGGAGCUAAUAGAGCUCAGCCAGCAGAUCUGUGGUGGCAGAGUGGACUUUGAGGACUUUGUUGAAUUGAUGGGUCCAAAGAUGCUCGCUGAGACUGCUGACAUGAUUGGAGUCAAGGAGCUCAGGGACGCCUUCAAAGAGUUUGACUCUGAUGGAGAUGGUCAGAUCAGCCUUGGGGAACUGAGGGAGGCCAUGAAGAAGCUGAUGGGAGAGCAACUCAACCACAGGGAGAUCGACGAGAUCCUGCGAGAUGUAGACCUCAAUGGGGACGGCCAGGUGGACUUUGAAGAGUUUGUGCGAAUGAUGUCUCGCUGACUCUUCACUGAACCCUGCUUUACUCAAAGAUUCUGCUGCAUUAAAGAAAACAACAUGGACCUAACUGCACACUGUUAAUGUUAUUCUUGUGUACAAAGACUUUAAUGUGUUCAUUUUUUCUGUUUUUGAGUUACAGUAUUUCCAUCAUCUCCUAAUUCCCUUUAAUGUGUUAGUGUUUGUAACAAUGAACGUUAUGUACAGACAGGUGACAAAUAAAAGGGAAAAUAUGAUGAAUGUGGUCUCAGCCCAGAGUUAUGGGAGGCCCUUUACGGCAAAAGCAUUGAAAUAAAUGCACAUACACAUUAAAAACAUGCACACAAACAAUGACAAUAUGCAUAUACACAUUGGAAAUGUGCAAACACACAUUGACAAUGUGCACAUACACAUUGAAAACUUGCACACACACACACACACACACACUGACAAUGUGCACACAUUGAAAUACCUGCACAUAACGUUGACAAAGGGGAGAGGGGGCACCUAACCUGAGAGUGUGCAUGUAAAAUCUCACUGCACCCAGAAGUUGCUUCAGUGUAACCGGAAGGCAUAUUCAGACCGUGCCCUGGACCUAGGCUACAUAGGUGAAUAUAUGUAUGUUGUCCUUUGAAAGAUAAAGAUGCAGUUAUUAAUAUUAAUUGUAGUUGGCCUUUGAGCUUGUGAUGAGAAAUGUGUUACUGCAAAUACUGAUGAAGUUUAGUUUUUCAUCUGUGAUGUGCACUGCAUCUAGUCUAUACAAGAUAACAUGUGUGCACGUUUUCAGUACAUGUAUACAAAUUGUCAGUUUGUGUGUACACAAUGUUAUCAAUGUGUGUGCACAUUUCCAAUGUGUGUGCACAUUUCCAAUGUGUAUGUGCACAUUGUCAAUGUGUGUGUGGAUGUUUUCAGUGCACAUGUGCACAUAUUUCAAUUUUUUUCACCCUAAAGGGCCUCCCAUAAAAAGUAACAGCACUCACCCACACAGCAUGGAUUGGAGAGGUCCACCAGGAUCCUGUUGGGGGUCUCAGUGGCCCAUCCUACAGAGCACUUACCUCAUAGGCUGAAGCCUUACAGCACCAGUUGGGGAUGGAUUGAUUGCUGCCUUUCAUUCUAUCUUUACCAUGUAUCUACCCAAAUUUAACAUUAAAACCCACCUAAAAGAUGAAGACAUUACAAUAAUGUGGCUCCCACAGGCAAUCAGUGGUAACACAAAUAAACACCCAUGAAAGAGUUGAAAUGGUGUUCAUGCCGCAAAUGGUGGCCCAAUACUUAUAGCACUUACUUUACAUUUGCUUUUCCUUUAAUUUGUCACCAGUCUAUAUUUAUGUGGAAUAGGGGUUAUGGUGAGUGACAAUAAGUAAUAUGAAAUAAUAACAACCCACAACAACAAUAGUCUGAGAGAUACCAAAUAUACACAAAGGAUUUGCUUUGUUUUAGUUAUAUAUAUAUAUA